AUGUUGCACUUGAAGGGUCGUGCGGACAAUUGGGCGUUCUCCAAACGCUUGACGGACCGCCAUUGCUUCCCGUCCUUCGCGGUCUUUGAGACCGAACUAAAGGCAAUGUUCCUGCCACCCAACAGCGACUUUCGUUAUCGCUCGCAGUAUCUGGCAUGCAAGCAAGGAAAACGCUCCCUUCAAGAGCCCGGCGCGCACCAGCUGUUUCACGCCUACCCGGACACCUUCGAAGAAGCUGUCCGAAUCGCGCUUUCAGAAUCAUUUUCAUCCUUCGCGCACGCACGCGCGGCUUCCUCGGACAUGUCUGUCUCCAUGCUCACCCAGGCAUCGGAUGACCGCACGUGUUUCAAUUGCGGUCGGCCUGGACACUUUUCCCGCGCAUGUCCGGCACCUCGCCAAGUGGCAUCAGCCGCGCCUACCUCACACGGCUCCUCCCCUGCCGCGCCAGCCGCAGCGCCCGUCCCAGCGGACCCAGCCUCGGUGCUGCACAAACCCCCUUCCGUCCCCCCAACAGAGUGGCCCUCUGUUGUCAUCGGAAAGGCACCGUUAUCGCCACCGAUUGCUGCCUCGAUCUUGGCGGCCACUCUUAUCGAAGAAACGUGUUACUUGAAUAAACUCCCUCGGACGUCUUCCGAGACCCUGGCAAUGCCAGAAAUGAGCUUCCAAUCUCUUGUGGAAUCUCUCCAUGCCCACAAUAUCGCCGCGUUGGCGAUGAUCACUGUCGAAGAAGCGAUGGAUCUCUUUUCGGAUGAUUCGUUUGAGGACGCCUUCCCUGACGAGGUGCCGUGUCGACUCCCAGUCGACAAGGGCGUACAACACGAGAUUGACCUCGUACCCGGCGCUAAGUAUUGCGUCACGCGGCAAUGGCCGCUACCUCGCGACCAAGUCAACGCCAUCGACGCAUUCUUCGUGGCCCGCAAGGCGGCGGGUCACGUCCGCGAGAGCAUUUCCCCUCACAGCAGCCCGACCUUCGGUGUGAACAAGCCCGGUGGGAAAUGGCUUCUUGUACACGCCUUUAACAAAUUGAACGCGGCCACGAUUCCGGCUCGGACGCCGAUUCCUUGCAAGGAUGGUUGCCCGUAG